ACAGUCACCGUUGCCGCCUGCUAUGAGCUACACCUCAAGUACUUGGUUGAUGGCGUCUCUUGCGCUUCUCGCCGGUUGUUUUUGUUUGUCUUCGUGGUUCCCUCUGCAAUCCAAACUCGGCGAGAAGUACCCGGCUCUCUACUCCUGCACUGCACUGAUGUUUUUCCUCAGUUUCCUUCAGACCGCCGCCAUGAGCUUGGCCACGGUGAGGGGCCACUCCGUUUGGCUUUUGAGGAAGAAGCUGGAGAUCGCUACUGUGAUCUUUUCGGGAUUUGCGGGAUCUGGACUGGGAUUCCUGGCCAUGUCUUGGUGCGUGGAGCAAAGAGGGCCGGUCUUCACUGCAGCAUUCAUGCCUUUUGUACAGAUUUUUGGGGCAGGCAUCGACUUCACCAUCCUCCAUGAGGAGGUUUACCUCGGAAGUGUUUUGGGGUCAGUUCUGGUGAUUGCUGGCCUCUACUCUCUUUUGUGGGGCAAGAACAAGGAAGCCCGCAGCUGUGCAGCGAAGGCAGCAGAGGGGAAUGGAGAGAACCAAGUGCAAGUACAACUGCAAUCUGUGUGAAAGAAGGCAUUUUUUUGGAGGACUGACGUCCACCAUCUUCAACGUACAUGUUCUGUAAUACUUGUAGCCUGUGUGCAUGCAUAAGAUCCAAGUCCUUAUCUUGUAUGUUAAGUUCAAGCUUCCUCGGAUAAUAUUGAAGUCAGGAUACGGAGUCAAACUCUGAAAAAUCAAAAACUAUUACCUUCACUA